GAGCUGCAUGAGAAAACACAACACUGGUGCUGUCCUCUCCACCAGGGAGAGUGAGACGGCCUAUGAUGGUUCCCUCUUGGCUCCACAAUGUGACCUCUCCACCCUCUGAGCCUGAGGCGAGGAGACCCUCGGGGCCUGAAGACGCCCCGACACACAGGAUGGAUGUGGAGUGGCCCUCAGACCACUGCCCGGCCAUGCUGACCCUGCAGAAAGUGAGGAGAAAUAAUAUGCAUUUGUGGUGUUGCUCUGACGUAUGGCAAAACCUCAAAGCAGCAGUAAAGAUGAUCUAAAUAAUGAAGACUUACCAGCAACUUUGAUCGUCAAUGAAUAGCUCUUUAUUAUUUUAUUUACAAAUAUCAGAUAUUUUCAAUUACCUCCAUCGAAGCAGAAUUAUAUAACUAUACUGGACACAUCUCUUUUAUAAAAUGUGUUGGGGGAAAUACUGAAUGUACUCUAUUAAGGACAGAGUUACACAUGAAAACGAAGGCCCAAGUGUAUAACUGUAUAUGGCAGGAUGUAUGAUUACAGAGCAUCAUGACACACUGUUAUGGGCAUAUGAUAAGCUAUGUGACAACGAUUAACAUGAUGAUUCAGCCUCUAGGCAGAUAGACAUAUCUCGAGCAUGAUCAUUUCUGACGUGGGCCUUAGCUAAUCUGAAGAAAUCAAUACUGCUUUUAACUGGUAUUUCUCCAUCUUGUAUAAGCAAGUGAAGGACACUGUUCGGGGAAAUAGUUGUACCGUAUGCUCUGUAUGUAAUGAUGACUACUUCCAUUCUUGCAAGGAUAAUAAAUACCCUAAAUAAUAAAAUAUGUAUCCUGUUUUGAAACUCAAGCCGGUGACGAGUGAGAUUUGUACAACUUAACUAGAGUUUGUUUCCAUUUUAUUUAAAAAGGGAACAAUUCUGCCUUUGGUUGCUAAGUUACAUUAUUUUUGCAAUAGCUUCCAUGUCAUGGGACCCAUUGAAUCUAAAUCCACACCAGAUAUCAUGACUACAGUGGGCAAAUAAAACGCAAUUAGGCUUCUUCUAUUUUAUUUGAAUAUUAUAAUGCCGACAGUCUGUGAAGUUGAGUAAUAUGACCGGAUUUCAUGUCUGUCAAAUGUCUAACCUAAAACUAAACUAGCUACUAUGUGUCUAUUAUGUCUCAUAAUACUUAUGUCUCAUAAGAGGGAGAAACAUCAUCAGAGACAGACUGAUGUUUGAAAGCAAUAGAAGUGCGAAAUAACUGCAAACACAAGAAGGAAAUGUCAAACCAGAAGAAAACUAACAGCUAUGCUAAUGUGUUAGCCUUAAAGCUAACUCCCCGAUCAGCUGGCGGUUUGGCUGAAGUGACAUUGUUAUUCCGCUGAUUGAAGAUAAUUUGUGAAACAAUAACGCUGUUAAAAUGCAUUGAUAAGGUCAAGACAAAAAGAAAAUUACACUACCUUAGAAAACUGCUGUCAAAACUUUAGCAGGCUACCAUGUGGGGUCCGGUCGCUCAUUGAUGACAUCACAUAGUUGUAUACAGCUCUAUGUUGUUGCAAUACUGAUUACCUAAAACAUGUUUUCACCAGGAAUCGCUGACACCACAACAUCUAAUGAACUUUAUGUAAAAAAUAUAUUUAACAUGUAUGUAUUACUUUUAUUCCUUGUAGUUUUAUUAUUUGAGCUAUUUUAGUUUUUCACCCUUUACUCACAUCAGUGUAUCAGUGUAUGGUGGAUGUUGAUGCUAGUGCAAAACUGAGCAAAGGCUGACUGAAAGGAGUAUUCAGGGAAAGUUAUCUCAAUUACAUUUCUAUACAAAAAUAACUUGCAAUUAUAUGUGUACACUACAUUGUCUCAGUUGUGAAAUAUAAACCAACAGUAAAGCAGAACUUGCUACACAUGCUGCAGAAAAUGAAAACCACACAGGACUCCGAGGAGGCAGAACAUCAGAUCAUUGUUCAGCAGACCUUCAUUUCCACAAUGGCUGUUACCUGCUGAAUCAUCUAAAGCUGUAGAUGUGAUGAGUGUGGUCCAUUUCUAGGUCAGCGAACAGUGUGCCAUACUGAAUAGGGAACAGAGAGGAGAGGCCAUGGUUCACACACACACACACACACACACACACACACACACACACACACACACACACACACACACACUCACUCACAUUCAAUGCUGACACAACCUGUAUAUUGUCACAGGAGCAGCGGUUCUCACAGAGCGUUUUGAAUCUCCUUCUCAGAGGAUUUGGAGUUCUCUUUACAUUUCCUGAGCACUGGAGAGCAUGAGGUCGCCCUAUUUUCCAGCGAGGUCGGUGCUUUUCCACAAGGAGCCCAACGGAGUGACGUACAGAGUGCCAGCGCUGCUCUACUUGUCUCGCUCCAGGACCUUCAUGGCCUUCUGUGAGGAGAGACUCAGCCCGUCCGACUCUCAGGCUCACCUGCUGGUCCUCAGGAAAGGCACUUUCUACAGGAACUAUGUGGAGUGGGAUGACCUUCGUGUCCUGGGCACUGCUUUCCUGCCAGGCCAUCGCUCCAUGAACCCGUGCCCGGUGUACGAUGAGUUCACAGGAACUCUCUUCUUGUUCUUCAUCGCUGUCCUGGGCCACACCUCGGAGUCUUAUCAGCUGGUGUCGGGGAGGAAUGUUACCCGUCUCUGUUACGUCUGCAGCACCGACCAAGGAGACACCUGGAGUCCUGUCACCGACCUCACCAAGAGUGUCAUAGGAGAUACUAUCAAAGAAUGGGCCACUUUUGCUCUCGGCCCGGGCCACGGCAUCCAGCUGAAGUCGGGCCGCCUGCUGAUACCUGCCUACGCUUACCACAUUGAGUGCAAAGAGUGCUUCGGACAGCUGUGCCAGACCACUCCCCGCGCCUUCUGCUUCCACAGUGACACCCACGGGCGGACCUGGCAUUUCGGGGAGGCGGUGCCAGUGCCUGAGAGCGUGGAGUGUCAGAUGGUGUCUGUGGAUGAGGAGGACGGGACUAACGUGCUGUACUGUAACGCCCGCAGCCCUCUGGGAUACCGGGUGCAGGCCCUCAGUCUGGACGAUGGAGCCGUGUUUCAGGAGGGGCAGCUGGUGCAGCGGCUGGUGGAGCCUCGAAACGGUUGUCAUGGAAGCAUUGUGGGAUUUCCUGCCCCGUUACAUUUAUGUACUUCUCUUGACAGCCAUUUGCAUCAACCUACAAGUCACUCCAGACACUGGACUUCCUCAAACAUUUCCACCUCUGUUCCCAACCCUAGCCCCAGUCCUCCAGAUUUCCUCACCCCCACCUGGGUAGUAUACUCCCACCCGACAUGGACCUCCGCACGCAGGGAUCUAGGCAUCUUCCUCAGCCUGUUCCCCCGUGAUCCAGACAGUUGGCGGGGCCCCUGGGUGAUCUAUGAGGGCCCCAGUGCUUACUCCGACCUGGCUUAUCUAGAGUUGUCCCCCUCACCCGGGGCCCCGCCUGCUGUGGCCUUCGCCUGCCUGUUUGAGUGCGGCACAAAAACAGCCUACGAUGAAAUCUGCUUCAGUAUCUUCACCCUCUACGAGCUUAUCGAUAAUCUGCCCCGGGAGGCGCAGCUGGGAAAUAUCGGUCAUGAAUGUAGAAGAAGGCAGAAUGAAGUUCCAGAGACAGAUUGUACAAGUGGACAUGGCGCUCAAAGUCCUGCAGUUUUCCAUGAGGAGCCUGGAGUAAAGAAGAGAAGGAAGAAGUUGACUGAGAUGUGCUCUGUGUCUUAAAUGUCGUUUUUGACCUUGUAACACAGAGUUUAAUUAUUUUUUUAUUUUGAUAUACUUUAUUAAUCCCCGUGGGGAAAUUGUUUCUCUGCAUUUGACCCAUCCUAGUGUUAGGAGCAGUGUGCUGCCAUUUUGAACGGCGCCCGGGGAGCAGUGUAGGGAACGGUGCCUUGCUCAGGGACACCUCGGUAGCACUUGGUCUUGCCGGGACUUGAACUGGUGACCUUCCAGUUACCAAGCCAAGUCCCUAUCGACUUCGCCACCACCGCCCCGUCUUAAGUGUCUUCCAAUGAUGUUUUUUAUAUACACACUCUUUGAAAUGUGCCAAUUCCCUCAAAUUCAAGAACCCAACUAAGACACACUUUACUGUUAUAUCUAAAACGAGAUUUCUAUAAUCCAAUGUCUAUUUAUAUCUAUACAGUACCUAGAAUUUCAAGACAUUAAAUGACAACUGUUCUGCUACAAAGUAUACUUUUAUUAUUAUUCUUUAUUAUUAUUUAUGAGCUAUUUUAUUGAAUUGCAGUAGAUCAUACAGGUUUACCCUAUUAUGUGGUUACUGUUGGGGAAAUAUUUUCCAAGGCCCAUAACUUUGACCCAGUUUAUCAGUUCAUACUGUCCUGACUGAGCACACGCACCUGUAACCUUGGCUGCUGUGCUCUCAGUGUUUUGUCUCCCUGUUCCUGCCUGUUUGCGUCAGCUGAUAGAGGUGUUAUGAUUCUAUCUUGUUAUGCAGCAUGUUGAUUAUUCUCUCUGAACUAGCUAAAUAAACAGGUCUGGGGUAGAGUUCUUCAGAAUUGACGUGGCAACUCUACCGUGAAGUCAGAACCUCUGACUCUUUGACUUUUUUUGUGAAUUCUCUGGCCGAAGCUCCUAAAUAAACCAUCAGUGUUUGACAUCAGAGCUCCAGCUCUCCCCGUGUCUCCUUCCUGAGUCGGUGACUCCUCCUGCAUUGCUACACAGAAGUUUCCCCCACAGUUACUGAGUGUAUGUACAUAUUAUGCACAGAGCAUUAACUGCACCUCAGUGCAA